AUGUGGUUUGGUAUGCAAGCCUUCUGGGGAGGACAGGCAACUCGGGUUAUGAUUGGUGCUAUCAUCCCUGGUUUUGCUCAUAUGAAGAAUUUCUUCUCUGCGAGCUCGCACCUCCAAACGAACGACUUCAUCGGACUGGUCAUUUGGAUGUGUGGUUUUGUUCCUGCAGUCCUUAUCCGACCUGAGAAGCUUCAGAUUCCUUUCUUCGCCUGCUUCGUUCUUUUCUGCGGUUCCUGCUUUGGGAUCCUAGCCUGGGCCGUGUCACAAGCUGGUGGCGCCGGCGAUCUCUUCCGCGAACCCGGAACAGCUGCAAACACCGGCUGGGCCUUCAUGUUUGGUAUUACCGCUAUAUUGGGGUCUUGGGGCUCCGGAACAUUGGGACAAUCUGACUGGGUCCGUUACUCGAAACGCCCAUAUGCGCCAACGCUCUCGCAGCUAGUUGCCUGCCCAGCUACGAUCGCCAUCACGGCGAGCAUCGGGAUAAUUGUGACCAGCGCCUCAAAUAAAGUCAUGGGCGGGGAAAUCCAAUGGAACCCAAUUUAUCUUCUUGCCGAUAUUCAGGAAUAUUAUCACUCCAGUCCGAGGGUGCGCGCUGGGGUCUUGUUUGCUAGCUUGGGAAUGGUUGCAUCACAGUACUCGAUUAGUGUAAUCCUCAACAGUGUCAGCUGUGGCAUGGAUAUGGCAGGUCUUUGGCCGAAAUAUCUCAAUAUCAGACGCGGGAGUUAUAUCAUGGCUAUCAUCGGAAUCGCAGUCCAACCAUGGCAACUGCUGUCCACAGCAGACAAAUUUCUCGCCGUUCUUAGCGGCUUCGGCGUGUUUAUGGCCCCAGCGACAGGCCUCAUGCUAGCAGACUACCAUCUCAUCCGUCACCACAAACUAAAGUUGUCUGAUCUCUACCGCGGUGACAGCACCUCGAUCUACUGGUUCCGGUCAGGCGUUAACUGGCGCGGCUUUGCUGCAUUCACAAUGGGAAUGUGGCCGCUUCUUCCCGGCCUCGCGGCAAACGUCAACUCUUGGGAAGGAAAAUGGACCGGAUGGUUGAGACUGUACAAUCUAACAUUUAUUGUGGGAUUAGCAAUCAGCUUUAUCGUCUUCUGGGUGCUAAAUGUCCUUUUCCCUGUACAUGGGGUGGACGAGGACGGGCCAUUUAUUCCUACCAUGGAUGGGGUGUCGAGUAAAACUGAUGAGGAAAGCUAUGUUCGGGCAAGGGAUGAGAAGGGGUCGGAGAGAAUUACAAUCGUAUAA